UCUGCAAGGUCACAAUAUGGCGGCGCCCAUAGCUGUCAGUGGUUUCCCUGGUAACAUGCUGCUCCUGCUCCGGGUUUUUUGUAGGCCGCGGAGCUUGCACCCUUUCGUGGCUCUUUCAAUAUGCUGCCCCAGACCCUUCUCCGCUUCUCUAGGUUCCCUUUCUACGGAAGCUCAAAUUAUUCCGUCCUCUCCCUCCGUACUUAGAAGUCUCUCCGGUCUUAAUGUCCAACACGAUUUCGUUUCACCAGAGGAGGAGGAAACCCUCUUGGUAGAACUAGAGCCAGUACUAAGGAGAAAACGUUAUGAGACUGGACACUGGGACGAGGCUAUUCAUGGUUUCCGUGAGACAGAGCGCUUGCAUUGGUCUCCACAGAACUCUACAAUAAUACAGAGGGUAAGGGAGAAAGUAUUUGCCCCGGGGGAAGAACAACUGUCUCUUGUCCAUGUUCUAGACCUCAAGAAAGAUGGAUACAUCAAAGCACAUGUUGAUAGUGUGAAGUUUUGUGGUAGCACCAUUGCUGGAAUAUGUUUACUGUCCGCUAGCAUUAUGCGCUUGGUCUCUGUGGAUAACCAAGAGGAACGAGCAGACUUGCUGCUUCCUAGACGUUGCCUUUAUGUACUCAGUGGUUUAGCUCGCUAUAAUUUUACCCAUGAAAUUCUUCGGGAUGAAGAAUCUAUAUUCAAUGGAGAACGAAUCCCUCGGGAGCGUCGAAUCUCUGUCAUCUGCAGAAACCUACCUCCCAGCUGACAGUAUAUUUGGUGGGCAUCAAUGUCUUAAAUAUGCAGACACGCUACAACUGAUCAUAAAAAGACUUUUCUAAUGAGUUUAUCAGGUUACUAUUCUUUAAAUGAAUCGCACAGUGCCAAAAGCAAAGAUUUAAUAUUUUUUUUGUAAAAUAAGAACAUAUUUAUUCAGGUCUGAUUGUAAUAAUUCUAUUUUCUUCAUUGUUUCCAAAACAAGUCGGCUAUAAAACCUUCACAUGUAUUGACCCUACACUAAGACUCCCAAGAAUCUAAUAAUUGCUCUUCAAUACUGUGAAACGCCUCAUUUUUUAAAAACUAAAUGCACAUGUACUGUCCAAAAUUACAUGAUCAUUACCUGGUUUCCUCAAAUGAUUCCACUACACUUGACAAUUAAUGCUUCUACCUUCUUGCCCCUAAUAGAUCAUUUUACCAUGAAAAAAACACCUUAUGAGGCAGUCUUUUAGUGGAUCCACUAAUGUCAAUUGAAGCACAAUUUACUUGUUUUAGAAAUCAAAGGAAAAAAAAAGGGAGUUUUAACUGUGCAAAUAUUCAUAUCAUUAUGAAAUAAAAUCUCCCCAUCAUGGAUACUUACUGAUUUGUGCAAAUACAUAGUGAUUGUAAAGUUUAAUCAAUUAAAGCCCAGUAUCUAAAAAUACUCUUAAAAACAGGGGCACUUUAAUUAAUUAAACUUCACAAAUACGCUUUAAAAAAAACAAAAACAACUUUUUGUUAGGUAAAUAGACCGCUGAUCCUCCGCCCUCACCGUCUUCUGUAUUUUGUAGAAUGUUGACAAAUCCAGUUUCCUCUAAUCUUUGCGUGCCCCAUUGGCGUCCAGCUCAUGGGGCACGCAGCGAUUGGAGGAAGCCUUAUUCGUCUUCGAUAUGCAAAAUAAAGUCAGAGAUGCAGGUGGAGGAAUGGCGGUAUGUUUACCGUAGCGAAAAAUUAAGUAUGUACAAACACUUUUUUUUUUUUUUUUUUAAAGUUUAAUGAAUUAAAGUGCCCUUGUUUUUAAGAGUAUUUCUAGAUACUGGACUUUAAUUCUUUAAACUUUACAAUCACUUUAAAGAAGUAAUCACACAAGUAUAAAUAAGAAAACCUGUCACUACCAAUGUAGAAAAUCCGUUUUCCGUAUGCCUCUCUUUCAUACAAACAAACUUUAAAAAAACAUAUACUUUGCACUUAUAUUUUAUUAAUAUUAUUCUUACACUUUCAAUUUUGUUCUGAGCUUUGCAGAAGAAUAAAUAAAUAAUUUAUCAGUUUAUAAA